AGUACAAUUCUGGGGGAACCCAAGUAUAAAAUUAAGAGAAAGCAACAGAAACAAAAGGUUCCGAAAAGACAAACCAAAGUAACAAACACAGUUUCAGUAUUGUGCAGAGUCUGUUCUAGUCUUACUCCACAUACAUGAUAUAUGCACGCCUAGGAUAUAGUUAUGUUUCUCUUACAAAACACUAGUUUCUUGGGUUCUUGAUUUGGUCCUAAAAUCUGCUGAGUUUUCUCUCCUUUUGUUUCAACUUUUUAUUAUACUUUACUGAAUUGUAAGAAUUGAAGCAUGGCUGUUUCAUCAAAGGACUUAAACCUGGUUCAGCAAAUCGAAGAAAUUGGGCAUAGCCUUGGCGAGCUCCCGACAGAAGUCGAUGUGCUUCUGCCUGUUCUUGAUCGGGUUGAUGUUCUUUUGUCGCAAGUGGAGCAGUCACCGAGUCGACAGUUACUAGAUGCGUGUUCUAUUGCUAUGAAAGCAUUGGUUAAGGAGCCUCUUUUGAAACAUUGUGAUGACGAUGUUAAAGUAUAUUUAGCAUCGUGUUUGUGUGAGGUGUUUAGAAUAACGGCACCGGAGUUACCCUAUGAAGAUAAUGAGAUAAAGGAGAUAUUUCGAUUAGUUGUGUCAUCGUUUAAGGACUUAUCUGACAUGUCUAGUAGAUCAUAUUCCAAGCGAGUCUCAAUUCUUGACAAUGUGGCCAGAGUCAGGUCACCUGUUGUCAUGCUAGAUCUUGAAUGUGACUCCCUGAUUGUUGAGAUGUUUUAUAACUUCCUGGGAUCGAUAAGGGAUUAUCAUCCAGAAAGUAUUUUUAAAUACAUGGAAUCAGUUAUGACUCUUGUAAUUGAAGAGAGUGAAGAUGUUUCACUAGAUUUAAUGACCCCAAUACUAGGUGUUCUGAAGAAAGACAAUGAGGACACUCAAACUAUUUCCCAAAAAUUGGGGGAAAAAGUGUUAGAGACAUGCACAGUCAAGAUCAAACCUUAUCUUUUGCAAGCGGUAAAAUCCUUAGGUGGACCUCUAUCUCAAUAUAGUGACAUUGUUUCUUACAUAUGUGAAGAAGCUGGUGUGGUCGAGCAUCACGAUGACAAUGGGUCUAUAAACCAAUUGGAUAAGGCUGAGGAAUCUCUAGAUGAGCCUGCCCAGGUCAUUCCUCCAAAUGUGCACAAUGCCUUGUUGAAUGUUGAUGUGACAAAAGAUUCCAAAGCGGAGAUGGAAUCUCAAAAAUUGAAUGAUGAUCGAGAUAAUGACAAGAAGGAUAGUUUGGUCGAUCAGGAUUCACAUGUUAGUCCACUGCCCUCUUUGGCAAUUGAAAAAGAGGUGGCAUGGGUUUCCUCACCAAAACAAUUCAAGAACAAAGAGGCAGAGAUUUCUUCUGAAAUCCUUAAUGAUCAGAGUCUUUGUGCAAAAGAGAAUCCUAAAGAAGGUACACCAUAUGUAGAUCCUGUUGGUGCAGUGGUAGGUGAUGGAAACGGUGAUUUGCAAGUCACACAACCAAAGGACUGUAAGAUAGUGAACAAUAACUCAUCUAAAGAAGAUAAAUUAGUGGAAGAUAAGAUGGUUGGAGAAAGUAUGCCUCUGGGAAAAGGAACUUCUAGUGAUGUAGUUGUAGUGAAAGUUCUUAGUGAUGAUGUAACGGGAAAAAUCAGCGACUCCAAAAUAAAAGCACAAAAAAUCAAAUUAAAGGACUCCACUUUGGAUGCACCUUGUGAUCAGAGUUCUUUGAAGGAUGCUGACCGAGCCUUUAACAUGUCGGUUAAACGUCAAAAGCGCUCGGAGAGGAAGCAAAUGAAUUUGAAUCAAGAUGACCCAAGGCAAGAGAUAUUGGCUAAAAAAGAUGGUAAAACAGAGAAGGAUGGCAACAGGAUAGACGCUCACAUUCUUACAGAUCCGAUUAACGUUCUUACAGAUACCAAAUCGGAUGAAACUACUAGUGAUUCAGAGACAAAGCCACUUAUCAUGGAGAUCGCAAAGAGAUUAUCUGGUAAAAAACGGAAGGGGAUGACCCUAAAUAAACCAGAGGCUGCGAAUGUGAAAUAUGAGAAAGAGAAGGCUACAAGUGCCCAAUCACCUAAGGAAAAGAAGGUAACUGAUAACAAAAAGGCCCAGCCAUCUGUCAAGGAAGGUCAAAAUGAGACUAAUGUAAUUGAGCCAGAGGAAAAACUUAUCAAGUAUUUUAAGAGAGGGAAGAAAGGGAAUGAUGAAAGCAAGGGAAAGGAGAACACUGAUAUGAAAGAAGAGAAAGUGUCUUUGAAGAGGAAGAAACUGAAGGCUGAAACUGUCCCAGAUGCAGAAAUAUUGAAACAAUCUACUAAGAGGAGGCAGAAAGCUGAUAUUAAAGAUGAUUGCAAAGAGGUAAUUUCUUCCCCUAAAACUGAGCUGUCCUCGAAAUCUGUCAAAGAUGGAAAAUACUCAGAAGAUUCUAAAAUCAAAGACAAUAGAAAGCAAACAGGAAAAAAUAAGGCAAAUGUUGCAUAUGGGGCAAAUCUUGUUGAUUCCAAGAUUAAAGUUUGGUGGAAAGAUGAUCAUGAGUUCUAUGAGGGUGUUGUUGUUUCGUUUGAUCCUGAGAACAAGAAGCACAAGGUACUAUAUGAUGACGGAGAAAUAGAAAUCCUUACUCUUAAAAAUGAGAGAUGGGAAUUUGUCAAAGAUGGAACCAUUAAGAACAAGCAAGAAGGCAAAACUUCUAAUGAGGAUGUUCAAACUAAAUCAUCAAGUAGCAAAGCAAUCAAGUCGAAAAAAGGUGGUACGAAAUCUCCCCCUGAUAACGAGGAAACUCUUACACCCAUAAGCACCUCCGAAUCGAACAAAGGAAAAUCAGCCUCAAAGAGCAAAAGCAAAACACUGCGAGGUGGAAGCAAAAGUGAUGGCAAGGGGACAAAGAGAUCUUAAGGCCUUGAUGUAUUGUAUUUGUGUAGCCAGCAAUGUAUUUGGUUUGGCAAGGCCAUUUGCUGUUACUAAUCUAUAACCAGAACUUGGCAUUGUUAGUGUAGUUUACAUAAAUGAUAUUAACUAUUGUAUUUGCUGGAUUAUUCAAAAGACAUGUAGGACAGUUUAUCUUUUGCUUUUC